AUGCUCCUCUCCAUCAUGUCAAACCUGAAGAAAACUUUUGACCAGCCUUCAUAUCCUAAGCUGGCGUUCUCCAUCUGGUUACCCUUCGGUAACCAGGGUAAGACUUCUCCUGAUUCCUUGCGCGGCCUCCAAGUGAGGCAUCUCCAGAUUAGCCUCUAUGAACUCUGCAUUUGUCUUUUCGCUCCCAGGCUUGUCAUGCGCCCAGUCGUGGCGCCGCCCGCUUUCAGUUUUGUCUUCGACCUCUCGCCAGCCAGUCGUUGCACAUAG